AUGCAUCUUCCAACCUUUUCCCUCGCCAUCUUCACCGUAGCUACUUUGAUUAGCGCGGGUCCAAUUGAGCCACUGCCUGGUACUACCCCCGAAAAGGCGGAUGGCUUCUAUGCAUCCCGAUUUGAAGACGACGGUUCAGCCACCCUCAUGGAAUUCAUCCCUUUGACCGAUACCAUGAACAACACAACUUCCUCCACCAUCCUCGACACUCGCACCAUUGAAGCAAGAUCUAGUGCCGUUACUUGCGAGAAUGCCAUCCUCAAUCGCAACGACCUGAUCUCCGCGUGGAACUGUCUCAUUUGGACUAUGACCCCUUCCAAAACCAUGGAAAAAAACUAUGUUUACCAUUGUAAAUCAGCCUCAGUAGUUGCCUAUGCUUGCAGUUAUUCCAAAAACACGCUGAACCCUGUAAUAAUCCAAACCACUCUUACGACCGUGAGCAACACCUGCGGCGGGGUCCAGGCAGGUUACCAACGUUGCAAGAAGGAUUGCGGCGUUACUGAUAUGACCAUUGGAAGGAAUUACAAUGGCGCGGCAUUUUGCUUUAAAGACUUUUACGGGUCAUGA